AUGGCCUUGUUCUCCCUGGCCAAGGCAGCUCCAGGUAUUCCUCUCUCCUUUCUCUCUGUUUGAUCAUCCUAGGAGAGCUGGGGCUCCCUCGGGGGUUUGUGCUGCCUGCUGCUGGGCCUUAAUGGGUAUGGAGAUGCUUCAAAAUGAAUUGCAUUGAGAAAGUCUGUUUAGAACAAUGGUUAUGCCCGAGAGAAUGACAUUUUGGUUUGGACUUAACAGAGCUUUUAGCACCUGUUCCUUGGCCUUGAUAGUCCUGAAGUUGGGCACUCGAGGAAGGUGGAGAGCAGGGGCUGGUAAGAGGAGAAGGGUAUGCCAGGGGACCAGAUAGAUAGUCCUGAGGGGCCACAUUCAGACCCCAGGCCUGAUGUUCCCCGCUCCUGCUUUCAAAUGUAAGGGCUAUGGAUAGAUAUGGGGGGAGGGUAAACCUCAGCUCAAGCAGACAUUCAUGUCUCUGGUGAUAGUUGCUUAUUUUUUAUUAUUUUUAUUUUUAAUAAUAAUUUUUUAUUAAUUUUCCAAUGGUUACCCAAUAUUACUACAGGUUUGUCAAUAAUACAGAUUCCAAUUAAUAUCAAAACAAUUCCAAUUAAUUCCAAAUUUAUACUAUAUUAUCAAAGUGCGAGUGAAGCCUGUUCCUCCCUUCCCUGGGAGGAAUUUCCAAGAAUGAUUUACCCUCUACCAUUCUUGUUUUUCUUCACCUUCGAUGCCCACAAUGUUGUGGGGGGCUCCCUCCAUUAAGGCAGAUAGGAACUGGAAACCCGCCACUUGUUUUUUUUUAAUGAAUUUUGUAAAUAAAUGACAAUAUCUGUUUUUUCCACCUCUUAUAGAUGCGCCGGACACAUCUCCCUGCUGCAAUAAGUAUCCCAAGAGCAUAUUCCCAAACAAUAUUGUGAAGAGUUAUUUCCGCACCAGCAGCAUAUGUAAUCUGCCUUCUAUUGUGUAAGUUUCGGGUUCUGGGCAAAAGCCAAGGGUCCAGUGGGCUAAUAUUGUCCAAACAGUGGUGGAUGGAUGAAGGUGAUGAAGAAAGGUUCAAGCAUUUGCGAGCCAGUUGAGUGUGAGGGAGAAUAUGGUAGAGGAGGCAACAGAGAGAUGGAGAAAAUUAUGAGAAGGUCAGGCUGAAAUGGAUAAAUUGUCACCUGGCAGCAGAGAUUGGCUACAACUCCCCGUUAGUUGUGGAGAAAUCUGUCAAUUUCUCUCAGUUUUGCAUUUAUUUAUAAUUUUUUUAGCCUGAGUGGAAACUUGUAGACAUUCUGGAACAUGUUUUCCUCAGUCUUUGCAUUUUUGCAAGGAAUUCUCCCCUAAUAAAUUGCAUUAUUACCGUAUUUUUCGCUCUAUAAGACGCACCAGACCACAAGACACACCUAGUUUUUGGAGGAGGAAAACAAGAAAAAAAAUAUUUUGAAUCUCAGAAGCCAGAACAGCAAGAGGGAUCGUUAAGCAGUGAAAGCAGCAAUCCCUCUUGCUGUUCUGGCUUCUGGGAUAGCUGUGCAGCCUGCAUUCGCUCCAUAACACACACACACACAUUUCCCCUUACUUUUAAGGAGGGAAAAAGUGAGUCUUAUAGAGCAAUAAAUAUGGUAUAUGUUAUUCUCUCUCUCUUGUGUGUGUAUAAUAUGCAUUGCAAUUUCAUACUGCAAAAUUCAGGGAAGUGCAAAUCAUGAAGACAAAUUACAUUAUGGUGAGCGUAUUGGUUUGGGAAGUGGGGAUUUGAGUAUCCACUUUAAAAGUAUGAGAAGAACCAGUUUCUGCCCCAUCUCUACACCCUACCGCAGGCACGGGGUCUCUAUUAAGGCUGGGCCUGAUGUAGGAGAUGAAAUGCCCACCUGUUUCUCCCGACCCCAAAGAAGUGAGGCCGUCAGGCUAAUGGAGAAUUAAAAGGACACAUUCAGUGCCACAUGGUGAAUGUCUGUUUCUUUUCAUGACAGGUUUAUAUUCAACAAUGGACUAUCAAGCUGCGCUGACCCAAAUGCCCAGUGGGUCAAGGAUCUUAUGAAAUAUCUUGACAACAAGAACAAACCCACCAGCUGAACCUCCACCACUCCACCUGGUACCAGUUGCAGAGCCCUGGCUAGGAAAAGGCACGGCUGAGCCUCAGCGGGCCCUGACAUUGACAAGCACUCCUUUAUUAGCUACAUCAUCUUACGUGAUAAACUUUACACUGUUUCAGGGAGUUCUGUUCCUGAAAACAACCAUAUGUUUCUAAGCAACUUUGC